CAAGUGGUCGCUCACUACCGUUCCGACCGGGACAUCCAAUGCUCGUCGUCGUCAGACUUCCUUGAUCUCAUCGGAGCUGCCAUCAAUUGAGACUUCCCCAACCGGUCCGGACUGCGUACACACACGAAUAUAUCCUCCGGAGGACUAACUCUCAGGCCGCGGGCUGUUCGCAAUGAUUGCUCAACGGGUUGGCGCAACGGCGCUUCGGCGAGUUGCCACCAAGCCUUCAAACGCCUUCUUCACCCAGAACCUCGUUAGAGCCGCACUAGCAUCAAACCUCUCGGCCACACAAUCCCGCCCCGUCACAACCCAGAAGCUCACCCCAAACGAGGGGAACACGAUCCUGGACCAGCAGCGGCUGCUUCGGCCCGUCAGCCCGCACCUGGAGAUCUACGACAAGAAGCAGACCUACUUCGGCGGCUCCAUCUGGCAGCGGUUCACGGGCGCCGGGCUGAGCGGGGCGCUGUACGUCUACGCGGCCGCCUACCUGACGGCGCCGCUGUUGGGCUGGCACCUCGAGAGCCAGUCGCUGGUCGCCGCCUUCGCCGCCCUGCCCGUCGCCGCCAAGACGGGCGUCAAGUUCGUCGCCGCCUGGCCGCUCGUCUUCCACUUCUACAACGGCAUCAGGCACCUUGUCUACGACCUCGCCAUCGGCUUCUCCAAGAAGACCAUCAUCCAGGGGGGUUACAUGAUCUGGGGCGCCUCGGUCGUCACCACCGUUGGCUUGCUGUUCCUGUAAGAGGGGCGCGGGAAGGUCGAGAGGGGGAAGUGGUGCAGGCUGGGGAACUGGCUGAAGGGUGGAACGGGGGGGUUAUACUGCGUCCAUGUGAGGAGUGUUGCCAAACUUGGAGGACCGGGAUAGACUACUCGGGCACCCAGGGAGGUUCACAGCGGAAUUGGUGGAAAGCCUCAAAAUAACUGUGAUAUAUGUACUGCAUGCAACCUUUGCAAGUUUGUUCCAGUAGUUCUCGUACUAAAUGUAGUACGUUGUUUCGCUGAGUUAACCAACACCCCCCCUUCCCGAACUCAAGCAACUCAAAAACGCCAUUCGCCCGAAUUGGGUAUGCCA